UUAGGUCCCCGCUUGAUGCUAAAUUCUUUUCUGCUACUGCCAACGUUGCGACCGGUUCAUUGAGCGAAUGAACGGGCGAGGGACCAUUUUCCUUCGACGAAAAAAUAUGUUUAACUUCUCGCAACUUCACUGUCAUAUACAAACAACACAGAUAAAGCGUAAAUAAUCCGUUUGGGGUCCUCCAUGUUGCUACCGCGGUGUCACCUUGAAUUCUGCCGGCCCGGAAUGGCUGAACAUCGCUCGCGGCUAACGCGAAGCUGACCAACUCUUCUCGUGAACUGACUGCCACACUUACUAGUUAAAUUGAAUUACUAACCCUCGUCGGAGGUGGGUUAUGUUUUCAGCAUAAACCUAUGUCUCCGAUUUUUUUUUUUGAAAUAGCCUGUUUUCUCUGUUUACGCCGGGUUUUGAAAUGGGAGUAGUACUGCGGAAUCUCCAAAAGGUGGUGCCUCUUCGCCGCGCCAGACUGCGCAAGGAUGUUGAUACACUGAGGCACAUACUGGCCAUCCAUAAAUUUGACCUGGGCAUCGUUUGCGUGGAUAACCACAGGAUUCAGCAAAUUAAUACAAUUUACAGAAAGAAAAAUGUGCCCACGGAUGUCCUCUCAUUUCCAUUCUACGAGGACCUGAGGCCUGGUAAACUGCCUUGCCCCCUUCAUAGAGAUGAGCUGAACCUUGGGGACAUUUUCUUGGGAGUCGAGUUUGUGAUGAAGCAGUGUAAAGAGGACUCCCUGGAUCUACACGGAACCCUCGCUGUUAUCACUGCACACGGUAUCUGUCACCUGUUGGGCUACAGACAUGAGACAGAGGAAGAAUGGACUGAGAUGCUGCAGAAGGAGAGCUACAUUCUAAGUGAGUACAACAGACUCACAGGGAGACAUCUGGAGCCACUGAUGAAGCGAUGCAGCCAGGAUAGCUCACGGUGACGAGUACCUGCUCCCUUUAACUUGCACUGUGGUGCUCGAUAUUGUUGUUCGGUAUCCUGACUGUAUUCACCGCCGUGCUGCGUUCCACACAAUCACAAAUCUGCGGCCACUGCUUUUGAAGGACUUUAAUCACCUGGCUGCAGACGUGCAGCAGUGUGAGCGUGGAUAUCCUUUCAAACAUCAAAUUAAAAAGUCUGUGCACUUUCACUGUAGUAUUUUAUUAAAAUCUGCUUUAGGAAGAGUCUGCUGUGUAUGAAGGGUAGAAAAAGAAAGCAGUUCAUUUUUACUUCACAAAGACAUUUGACCCUCUUUACACGGCAUUUGGGACGUUCAGGAGAGCAAUGUUUCAGAAAUGCUGACAUUAAAAGGUGAACGAAUUUGUAACUUUAGCUGCUCUUAUAACAAGGUGUGUACGUUCAUCGUGUAACAGUGCUGUACUUCAAGGAGUCCUAAUAAUAAUGCACACUUCCUUAAACUGGGUAUCAAUCUCAACUGGUCCAUCCAGAUUACUUUUUAUUACCCAUGUUUUACAAUGCUGUAUCAUACUUUCUUCUGUUGUGAGUUAAGGAAAUAAUUUGAAUAUGUCCAGCAGACAGCAUGUUCCAACACUGCACAUUAAUCACGGUUUACUGAAAUGUGAUUUAAUUUCUUUUACAGCGGUAACAAAAGAAGCUGAACAACCAGUGUCUAGUACAGAAGCAAGCACGC